AAAUUAGUCCUUCUUUCUUCUUCUUCUUUUCUCAAUUCCCUUCUGCGGCAAGCAGAGACACACCAUGGAACCAUUGCGAGUGCCGUACAAUCUUAGAUCUCGUGAUCGUGUAGCUAACUACAGUGAUUCGACACCUCGCAGAUCAAAGCGUGGUAAGGUCUCCACUGGAAGCAUUGUACCGGAAGAUCCUCAUGGUAAAGAGGAAAGAAUACCAAACUCUGAGCGCUCCACCAGAAGGAAUGCGCCUGAACAUCCUCGUAGUAAAGGGAAAAAAGUAUUUAAGUGUUCACACCAAAGCAAGAAGCUCGAGGAUGUGUUUCCUUAUCCAUUAGUGGCAAUGCAACAUUACAACAAAAAUCGAAAGGAGAAAGAACAAUACAAGGUUUCUCAACGCUGUGAGGACAUGCGUUUUUAUGUAAGGAAGAUUGGUUUUAUUCGAUUAUUGCACUUUAAGGCUCAGCCAAUACUUGGAAAUUCUCCUACUAGGCAUUUUUAUGCCCUAGUUCAUCAAAAGCCUAAUCGGGAUACUCACGUGUCUUACUGUGAACCUCAUCCGGAUCCUCCAAAAUCUGGUGGUCCUUCGGUUGCCAAAAUCGUUCCUUUGUGCUGCAAUAUUUGUAGUCUUGGCAGUGCUGAAGAAAUAAAGGCAAAAUCAAGGGAAUUGAGGAAAAAAUCAGAAGCUCGAAAACUUGCAGGUGGAGAAGACUCAGAUUCAGACUACUACGAUGGUUACUCAGACCCAAAUUCUGGUUCUAAAAAUGCUUUCUGCAGUGGUUACUCAAACAGAAAUUCUACUUCUGAACCCUCUCUACUCUAUGCCCCAGGGCGUACCUUUGGUGGAAAAUGGUUUAAGGACUAGCACCUUUUUGGCAUCAGUUGGUCAUAAGGAACUAAAGUGGUGUUACUUGGACAAUACUUGAUGUGUUUCUCUUUUAGGGAUUAGAGUUCGGAUAUACUUCCUACAAACAAUGUUUUUUGUGUUUUAUCUAUCUAUCUAUCUAUCUAUUAAUUAAUUAA